CUCCCUAUCUUCUUCGAUCACAAAUAUACCAAACUCUCUUUAAUUCAUUCAUUGACUUAUUUAUUAUUCAUUAUUUGCUUGUUUGUUGGGAUUUGAUCCAUGGCCGAGAAGAAAGACGCCCAUGUUGUUGAAAUCCCAGUAGAUGAAGAGCAUCAGAGCAAAUUAUUGUGUUGUAUGAACACAGUCACAACUAUUCAACAUCACCCUUUAAUGGAGAUUUCCCAGAGUCCUGGCUAUCUCUUGCUUCUGAAACUCUGGCAAAGAGACGAAGAUCUAUUUGGCCGGAGAAUGGCUAUCAAAGAGUCGAGAAUGGAUUCUAUCACAAGAGAAAUCUUUCAUCUUUGUUUCAUCUUUUUACUCUUCCAUGGCUUGCUCUUGACCAUGCUGUUUGCAUCUUCUGUGAAUGUGAAACAAGAGAAAAACUGUAAGAAAUGGUGGAUACCCUCUUGUUUGUCCUUGUUAACUUCACUUGUGUUUGUGUUUCUGGUUCAGGUUAAGCUUUACAGGUACUGGAAAGUGUGGAGGCAGUUGCAGAGAGCGAGGGGUGACAAUAGAGCUCUCACUAUGUGUAUUCAGGAACUGAGAAUGAAAGGGGCUAGUUUUGAUCUGUCAAAGGAGCUUCAAAGUGGAAAGAGAAUGAAGAGUUCAAGUGUUGAGAUCAAAUGGAAACCAUUCACUUGGUGUUCUCAAAAUUUUGUCACCAUUUGUCUUGUUGGUUUCUCCGGUUUGGUUUUUCCUGCUAGCAAGUUCAUUCUCUGUGGGUUCUGAUUGCAACAAUGCACUUCUUUUCAGAAUAGAAUUAUACAAUUCAUGAAUGUUACAAGAUUUCGGACGAGGCAAAGACCAUCAGGAGGAAGGAACUCUAAAUCAGUCUCUGUAGGGGGAUGAAGCAAAUUGGUCCGAUUAUUAUUAUUUUUAUUAUUAUAACAAAUUAUAGAAAUCAAUAGUCCCCAUCCUAAAAGUGGCUCCACUCUCCUGGUGCAGCAAAAUUUUGUAUUGAGAGAAUCUGGGGAAAUAAGUUGCUUGUAUAAUUUGUUAAUUGACUAAUUCUGUACAAUUGAGAAACAAAGAGAAAAAGUUUUGUUUCUUUCUUUCAUCAAUGAAAGAAACAAAACUUUUUCUCCCCCACAUUCUUUGCUUUCUUCCAGUCACAGUCACAGAUGUUUUGACAACUUUGGAAUUAUCAACCGGAUGAAAACAUCUUUCUACUUUGAUUUUAGAUAUUGAUUUUGACAAUAAUACUUAAUGUAUAAACAGUUGGAUAAUAAUAGAAACAAAAAAACUGAUGUGUUA